CGCUUAUACCCGCGGCCUUGACGCGCUCCCGGUCAGUCUUACCGGAGCACCGAGGAGAGCGAGCAGCGGAGACGCCGCGGAGCUUUCAGCAUGGCACCUCUCGGACUAAAGGCCAUUGUUGGAGAGAAGAUCAUGAAUAAUGUCAUAAAGAAGGCCAGAGAGAAGGGAAAAUGGAAGGUGCUGGUGGUGGACAAACUGAGCAUGAGGAUGAUUUCCUCCUGCUGCAAGAUGACAGACAUCAUGUCAGAGGGAAUCACCAUUGUAGAAGACAUAACCAAGCGGCGCGAGCCUCUGCCCAGCAUGGAGGCCAUCUACCUGAUAACACCCUCAGAUGAGUCUGUGGAGGGUCUCAUUGACGACUUCAGGGACCCGCAGAAUCCGAGGUACCGAGGAGCUCACGUCUUCUUCACCGACACCAUCCCAGACUCGCUGUUCGGCCUGCUGACCAAAUCCCGCGCCUCCAAAGCCAUGAAGGCUUUGACUGAGAUCCACGUCGCCUUUCUGCCCUAUGAAUCUCAGGUCUUCUCCCUGGAUAAAGUGGAUGCCUUUCAGGACUUCUACAGCCCCUUCAAGGCUGAUGUGAAAAACAACAUGCUGGAGCGCUGUGCUGAGCAGAUGGCCACCCUCUGCGCCACGCUCAAAGAGUAUCCCGGGGUCCGAUACAGAGGGGAGUACAAAGACUGUGCCAUUCUGGCCCAGAUGCUCCAGGAGAAGCUGGAUGGCUACAAGGCUGACGACCCCACCAUGGGAGAGGGUCCAGACAAGUCUCGUUCUCAGCUGCUGAUCCUCGAUCGCGGGUUUGAUCCCGUGUCGCCGCUCCUGCACGAGCUCACCCUGCAGGCCAUGGGCUACGACCUGCUGGGCAUCGAGAACGACGUGUACAGCUUUGAAACAAGUGGGAUGGGGGAGGUGAGGAUGAAGGAGGUGCUGUUGGAUGAGGAUGACGACCUGUGGCUGUCUCUGAGACACAAACACAUCGCUGAGGUGUCGACGGCCGUGACCCGAUCUCUGAAAGAAUUCUCUGCCAGCAAAAAGAUGAACACCGGAGAAAAGACCACCAUGAAGGAGCUGUCUCAGAUGUUAAAGAAGAUGCCUCAGUAUCAGAAAGAGCUCAGCAAGUAUUCAACCCACCUCCACUUGGCUGAGGACUGCAUGAACCGCUACCAGGGAACUGUGGACAAACUCUGUCGUGUAGAACAGGAUCUGGCAAUGGGCACAGAUGCUGAGGGAGAAAAGAUCAAGGACCCCAUGAGGGCCAUUGUGCCCGUUCUACUGGAUGCCAACGUCACUGUGUUUGACAAGAUCCGCAUCAUCCUGCUCUACAUCUUCCUUAAGAACGGUGUGAGUGAGGAGAACCUGUGUAAGCUCCUUCAGCAUGCCAACAUCCCACCAGAGGACAGUGACAUCAUCUCCAACAUGGCCCACAUGGGCGUGCCCAUUGUCUCUGAGGGCACCGCCAAGAAGACCAAGAAGCCUGAACGUAAGGAGAGAGUCAGCGAGCAGACCUAUCAGCUCUCCCGGUGGACUCCGCUCAUCAAGGACAUCAUGGAGGACGCCAUUGAGGACAAGCUUGACCCAAAACAGUACCCAUACAUUAGCCAGCGACAAGUGUCCUCCAAAUCCAGCGCUCCAUCCAGUGCUCGCUAUGGCAACUGGCACAAGAACAAGGGUCCCACAGAGAUGAAGACGGGGCCCAGGAUCAUGGUCUUCAUCAUCGGAGGCAUGACGUACAGUGAAAUGCGUUGCGUCUAUGAGGUCACCCAGGCCAACGGCAAGUGGGAGGCCCUUAUUGGUUCCACUCACAUACUCACCCCAACCAAGUACCUAAAGGAACUGCAGCACCCAGACUUCCUGGACCCCAACGCCCCGCCCGAGGGCCCCGAGGAGCCGCCUGCAGAGUGAAAACACUGAAGAUCAACUGAGAUCCUCACCCCUGUACGCCUUCUGAAAACCCUCAAAGAUUUGGAGAAACAAGACCAGGCAAGCUAAGAACCUUCUGUUAGUGCCCCCCCCCACCGCUCGUGUAGCAGAUACAGAGCGCCGUAUACACAGCCCGAGCCAUCACCGUCGUCCUCCUUCCCUCUGCAUGAGAUGUCGAAACAAAAAACAUGUACUCCACUCAUACCCCACGUGUAGUCUUAAUGUUAUAGACGUUUCCGUCAGCCAGUUCAGUCACAAACCAAAUUGUGUUUUCGAGCCACCAAUGUGUUGAAUCUUAUGAGUGUGUAGACGUCCUCCGGCUUGAGUUUAUUAAACUUUAUUGGAAGAGCAGAGAUUGGAUUUGUGUUGAAUGUCGACUGUAUUGUGUUGGGGUGGAUGGGGACUUUCUCAAGAUAUUUCCCCCGUUUUCUCUUACAAAAUAAUUUGAUUAGAUGUCUGGAUGAGAUUCAGGGAGAGUGGGUUGAAAAUUAAGGGCGAAUGUAUAUUUAUGUAUGUCUAUCACUUCAGUCCUUUAGUUAUUAAGGAGGAAAAUGGGCUUUUUUGUCAUCGCUGAAAUUUCACUUCUCACUGAAAAGACUCACUUAUUUCACACAUUUGCUUCAACCAAUAGUCCCAUGAACGUUUAUUGUAAUCUCUUCCACACCAAUAAAAAUGGCCUGUCAGUUUCCUGUAUUCUGUUGGUUCAUGUCCUUGGUGAAAAUAGAUAGUCAGCAUAUAAUUAUUUAGCAGAUUACAUAGGAGAUAUGCCAUACUGUGUAAAUGUCUGCAGUGAUGUGUCUGACUUGACAUUUCUGACUGGAAAUGCCAACGCGAAGCCACCCUGACAGCUGAUUCUGCUGCAAGUGGAUCACUAAUGCCGGGGAUUUGGUGAUUUGACAGAUGCUUAUUUAUUACUUCAUUGUUUUUCCCUGUCCAGGUGCAUUGUCUCCGUUGUAAUUCUUUUUUUUUCCCUGUAGAGAUUCAGUUUCCUUGCAGUUCCCCGUGUUUGACCAUAAUGUUGUCAUGCGAGCUUACAUUGUUCUUGUUGUAGUGACUCUUUGUAACUAGCGAUCCACUGUAUAUGAAGAGAGAUAUCAGUGCUAUCAGAAGUCUAUGAUUCUGUGUGAACAUCCAUGAACAGUACUUGCUGCGUUAUGUAUGUUAAACUUAAUAAAGUGGCUUCCAUUAAACUUUAACUUGGUUUA